GUUUACUUCCGGCUGCGAGAAUUCAAAAUGGUCGAAUAACUUAAACUGUUGAGAAAAGUGGAACGGUAAAAGGGUUACUUGAAAAUGGAAGAAAUAAAGGCAUCAGAUUUUCAAGUAAAGGCCAUUAUUGGCCGUGGCCACUUUGGUGUGGUACAGGUUGUCAAGCAUAAGGUGACUGCAGCUGUCUAUGCUAUGAAAGUACUUCAAAAGUCGGAUAUAUUGGCACAACCUGAAAUUUCCUUUUACCAAGAGGAGCGAGACAUAAUGGCAGAGACCACCAGUCCUUGGAUCACACAGUUGCACUUUGCUUUCCAAGAUGCUGUUAGCUUGUACCUGGUGAUGGAGUUUCAUGCUGGGGGUGACUUACUCUCAUUGCUCUCAAGGCAUGACGAUAUUUUUGAAGAGGAGAUGGCUAAAUUUUAUGUUGCAGAAAUGGCUGUGGCAAUUAAUAGUUUACAUGAAAUGGGUUAUCUGCAUAGAGAUGUAAAGCCCGAAAAUAUCCUGUUGGACAGAACUGGCCAUGUGAAGCUAGCAGACUUUGGAUCAGCGGCCCGUAUGAACUCAAACAAAAAAGUUUCUGCGCGCAUGCCUGUAGGAACCCCGGAUUAUGUUGCUCCAGAGCUUCUCACUAGCUUGAACAAGGGACAUGGCCGGACGACAUACGGACCCGAGGUAGACUGGUGGUCCCUGGGAGUUUGUGCCUAUGAGAUGCUCUAUGGAUCAACGCCUUUCACCAACGAGCAUGCCUCAAUGGUGUCCACAUAUGCCAACAUCAUGGACCAUAAGAACACUCUGAGGUUUCCUUCAGUGAGCAGUGCAUCUUCGAAAGCAAAAGACUUUAUAAAAAAGCUUCUCACAGAUCCUGCACUGCGAUUUGGCUGGAAGGAAAUUCGAAGACAUCCAUUGUUUUUCAAAAUGCAAUGGGAAAACUUGCGAGACAAGGACGCAGCGUAUGUUCCCACUCUGAACAGCCUUGAUGAUACCUCUCAUUUUGAUGAAGUGGAGAAAGUGGAAAGACAACCCAAUUUAAACAUGUUGAAGGCUACAUCUGAUGUAAAAGAACAAGACAAAAAGUUCAAGAAAUUUGACUUUUUUCGCAACGAUGCAAACUCUUGCCAAAAACAAGAAGAGAUACCCCAUAAGGUAUCUGACUCUACUUUGAAAAGCACUGCUUCAUCAUUCCAACUAGGUCGCAAUAACAGCAAUGUCUUAAACACAGCAGUUUGUUUGGAUCAGUCUACAGCCAGCACUUCGGUGCUUGGAAACGAGAGUUUGAUUGUGAAGAUGUCGGAGAAGGAUGAAGAAAUCGAGAGGCUGCGUUGUAUGCUGGAGCUUGAGAAGAAGGGCUGGGGCAGCCUGGACUCAAAGUCAAAAGCUGUGCUGGACAGUCUGAACUCCAUGAACAGGGAGAUUCAGAAUAUUGAGGAUGAGCUGCUGGAAGUUCGCGUGGAGGAGAUGAAGAGUGAAGUGGUCAUGCUAGAGACAGAACAGGAAAAGCUGACGGCCCAGCUUCGUGAGAAAGAUCGGCAAAUCAAGAAGCUUCAGGCUGCCUUGGAGGAAGCUCAGAGUCAAUCAAAUCGGCUCCGUGUGGACUCCAGUAGACGUGUGUCCCAUGAAAACCAACGCAAGGACUUGGAAUUGUUAGAACUCCGCAGCGAAACGUGGCAAAGUUUGCUAGACGACAAACAGGCACAGAUUGAGGAGUUGUCGUCACGUUUACACGAACUCGAGGGUCUAGUGGAGGCGUAUGAAGACAGCGAGGAACAACAGUCGAAUCAAGUGACGCAGCUGCAGCAUAAGCUGAACACCUCGAUACAGGACAUUGGCACCAGUUUUGCCAUCACAGAUGUCCGGAUGUCAGGGGGGCAGGGAGAGGCCAGGGUCGAGCUGGAUGAUCAUCAUCACAACAAAUGUCCUUCCAAGAAGAAGUUGACCUUGCAUGUGACACUCAAAGCUGGACGAUGCUCUUUCGUGGACAAUAAAACGGUGCAUCAACUGCAGGAUUUGCAAAAGACAGUUGAUAAGUAUACUGAGAAGGCAAGGGAUUGGCGAGAAAAAGAAGAAGAGCUGAUGUCUAAGAUUGCAAAUUUGGAAUCAGACAACAAUGUACUGCGACAGAAGGAAGGAAUGGGCAGGAAGAUGAAAGAAAGUUUGAUGGAGAAGGUGACAACAUACCAGCAAGAGGUGAAUGCUCAGAAGUCAAUCAUCCGAGAACUGCAGGAGACAAUGAGGAGCUACUUGAACAAGAGUUGUGCUCUCUCUGACACAGAGACACAACUGAAGUCUCCUGAUUUGUCUUUCUCCUCCAAUCAGGACGCUCAGUCCAGUAAAUUGGCCUUGGAGUCUGAGCUGUUAGCUGUGAGAGAGGAGGUGCAGAAGACACGGCAGUCAACCUUGAAUAAGGCCAAUGAGAUGGAGGAUGCUAUCCAUAAGCUGGAGGAACAGCGAGCUCUCGCAGCUGAUUACAAGAAAAAGUACGACUGUCAGGUGGAAGCGACUGAGGCAAGAGUUGGUUCUCUCGAGGAGCAGCUGGCCAAGGUCACUUCUGAUCGGCAGCGGCUGGAGCGGCGAGAGGCAUCGCUGACCACUCAGGUGGAAACCCUCCAGGGCCUGUUGGACGACCGUACAGUGGAGAUGGAGAAGCUGGAGAGGAGGAACACUGACAUUCAGUCUCAUCUACAACAGUUGCAGCAGAGGAACUCAGAAUUACAGAUUGAAGUUGAGAGCCUUCAGAAGACUUCAGCUAAAAACGAUCAAGAGCAAAAGUCGAAGGCAGAGCUGAACUUCCAGCUGACCCGCCUACAACAACAGAAUGCUGAAUUUGAACGUCGCAUCACGACUGCUUUGAGGGAUAAGCAGGGGAUGGAGGACAAGGUGUCGCUGGUGGAGAGAGAGAAAGAUCGUCUGAUGAGGCGGAUAGAGAGACUGGAGGUGGUGGAGAAGAAGAAACACGAGCUAGAAGGGCAAGUGGAGAAAAUGUCGAGCCUGGAGAGGGAGAACCGAAGGCUGGAAGUGAAAGUUGAACGUCUGACUGCAAUGGAAAAAGAAAAACUGAACUUGGAAGAAAAAAUUGAAAAGCUUCAAAUGGACUUGAGAAGAGAGAAGGUGAACAUUGAGACUCUGACCUCUGAGAAGGCAGCGCUGGACUCGAAGAUGAAGCAACUGUCCUGUAAACAGGAGUCGGACAAAAACUCUGAGGUCUCUCAGCUCAAAAUGAAAGUGACGCUGCUGGAGACUGUGGAGAAGGAGAAAGAGAGACUGGAGCAUGAGGUAGCAAAGAGACGAGAGGAGGCAACAACUUCUAAAAGGGAUGUGGAAAGACUGGAAAAAGAUAAAAGUAAGGUUGAAAGAGAGAAAGACACGCUGGAAAAAGAAAAACGGUCUGCUGAGAACCAACUGGAAACUCUUAAGAAGGAAAAAUCUUCUUUGGAUGAGCAGGUGGCCAAACUAAACAAAGAGAUGGACAGACUGGAGGGUAGUGUUGGAAAACUCCAGUUAUCCACGGCUGCUUCCAACAACACGGAUGUUCAGCGGCUAAGCUGUGAAGUAAAUCGUCUGAAACAACUUGUGGACAGGCUGGAGUCUGAGCGUGCAGGCAAGGAACGUAACCCCCGUAUCAGCGGCAGCGAUGUGCGCUCUGGUCUGGUGGAGAGGCUGCAGAGAGAGAAGUCCGAGCUUCAGAGGAGAGUGGAGAGUUUGGAGAAACAGAGCCCCAGAAGGACAUCGGAGUGGAGAGGGGCUGCUCGCUUCAGGCAAGAUGGGGACGAAAAGUGCCAAAAGCUGGAGGCAGAGCUUGCAGAAUUGAAAACGAAACUAAAGUCAUUUGAAAGUGAGGCUGGGUCUGAGAAAAAGAACGCUGCAGAGCUGGAGGAAAUGAAGAAGAAAAAUCAGAACUUGGAGAAUGAGGGCGAGGCUGUCAAAUGGGAGCUGGAGGAAAGUAAGAAAUCUGUGGCCGAGCUGAAGUCACGCCUGGAGGUACAGACAGCAAACGUGGCCGAACUCAGAGCACAGUUGGAAGAACAGAUGAAGAUGGAGGGCGACCUCAUAACACAGCUGGAGAAAGAAGCAAAGAAAGCUCUGCUCUUGAAGGAAGAGAAAGAGAAACUGGAGGUACAACUCAAGGAUAAUAAAACUACAGAGGCGGUCAAGUUGCCCCAGAGGUCUGUGGCAGAGGCCAUCGCGCGUGACCGCCAGCUAGGUCAGCUGAGACAGGAGAAGGAGGAGCUGGAGCAGCGAGUGGCACAGCUACAACGCCAAGUGGCGCAGGCUAAGGUGACUACAGAAACUCCGUUAGGGUCUAGAAAAUCUGGGGAGGCCAAGUUUGAAAAGUUACAGCUUGAGUCCAAGAUUCAGGAACUGACAGAAGAGAGAGAUCAACUGCAGAGAAAACUGAACGUGAGAGGUGGAAAAGAGGACAACAACAGCUCUGAGGCCACAGCUGAGUUAGCUCAACUCAAACAGGAGCUGGAGGAGACCAGAAGAGAACUGGAGAUAAGAAAAGGAGCCAGUGAGUUCCCUGGUGGUGACAUUCCUGCUUAUCUAAAACACGAACUCAACGAGUCCAAUCUGGCUCUAAGCGAGGCCAGGUCACUGCUAGCAGCAAACAAACGGCAAGAAAUCGAGCUUCGUGACAGAAUCGACAAACUCCAGAGAAUCAUCGACAACAAGGCUGUGGAGAAUGGCAAAUAUUUGCAGAAUUCCCAAGAUGCUAUGUCCGAGCUGAAGAAUUUGAGAUCCCAACAUGACACCUUACAACGACAAUACAAGGUGUUGGAGGACAAACAUGCUAGUCUGCAGAGGGAGAAGGGAUCCGACUCCAGCGAGACCGUGAGACUGAUGGAAGAUAUGAACAGCAAACAACAACAGCUGGAGGUGGAGAUGAGGAAAGUGGAGAAACUAACGCGUGUCUGUAAAGAGCUGGAGGAGCAGGUGCAGGACAUGGAGGCGGGCAUCGCUGAAGCACAGCAACGGCAAGCAGACUGGGACAAUAUCAAAAAGUCCUAUGAAGCUGCCAUGGACAGAUCUCAAGCUUCCAAUGUCCAGGUGAGCUCCAUGCAGCAGCAGUUCGAGUCCCAGAAGGCUUUCCACCAGGCAGAGCUGGAGAAGCUGCAACACAGUCUGAGAGAGGAGAGAGCACAUGUGAAGAAGCUCACUGACAAGCUGACAGAGUUUCAAGAGAAGGAGAGGGCUUCAACCUGCAUACUUGAGAGCCAAGGCAAGGAGAUGGAAAAGUUCACUCAAGAAAAACUCAAAUUUAAAGAGGAGCUGACGGAACUUCUGUCUGACAACUGUGCCUUGCGCAAGGAGAACGUGAAGCUGGGCAAGCACUUGCAGGACGCCAUGGACAAGUUUGAGAUCAUCAUUGGAGAGAAGGUCAGCCUGGAGAACUUCACAGAGGCUCUACAGGGUCUACAUUUCCUGGACAAGUACAAGCUUGAGUCUACCAUUGGACAGCAGCAGAAGUUGAUAGAUCACGUGCAGGGGCUUUUCAUGGAACAUACAGCAGGAAAGAAGAAGAAGAAGAAUGGUAAAUUAUUCGGCGGCGGUGGUGGCAAAAGUGGCAAAGACGGGGCUAGUACCCUCCCCUUGUCAUGGACAGACCAGCAGACGGCCUUGGAGCAGGAACGCGGCAAAAGCACACAGCUACAGGAGCAGGUGGAUAGACUGAGGGAGGAGAACUUCCACCAGGCCAAUGAAUUGCUGAAGUUGAAAGCACUCUCAAGAGAAAUGGAUUUGGAGGGAGACUCAUCAGCCCGGCGUGGGGAGAGAGGCAGCGGCACUCUCCAAGACCAGCAGAGGAACAGCCGCAGCAGCAGCAGCAGUAGAGAACCAGAGCAGGGCCAUGGCCGACUUCAAGCCAACUUGACGGUCAAGCUGACCCAGUCAGCCAUGGAGGCUCUGUCCAACCCCCCUGGAAGUAGCGGUCACAGUCGACAACAACACCAAGGAGCCCAUUCCCUUGCUGGCUCCAUGGCCUCUCUCGCCUCCAACGCUUCAUCUUCAUCGUCGUCAUCAUCUUAUUCUUCAUCGUCUCGGGAGCCGAGGACCCCAAGGACACCACAUCAUGGCAGCCGCAAGAACAGGGGAGGGGGUGGCCACACACCGUGGGCCUCCGAGCCCCUUCCUACCCCCCAGAGAAUGAACCAUAAUAUUCCACACAGAUUUGCUACAGGACUCAACACACGAGCCACCAAGUGUGGACUCUGUCUUGGCUCUGUUCAUUUUGUCAAGCAGGCUUCUAAGUGUCAAGAAUGUGGCAUGGUAGUCCACCCUAAAUGUGCCUCGUCAGUCCCAGCCACCUGCGGCCUGCCCACGGAGUACGUUCGUCACUUUGCCCUCAUGAUGAGCUGCAUUUACAGAGACGAGGCGGGACAGCAGUCUGAUGUGGACCAGUCUGCUGUCAAGAUGGAGGGCUGGCUCAAGGUUCCUCGACUAGGCAAGUCGGGCUGGGAGAACCGCUACUGUGUGCUGGAGGGUACCUGGCUCACCCUCUACCUGGACGACACAGAUGCCAGUCCUGUUGACAGCUUCGACCUUAACCCCAUGGAUGCAGAGGUCAGCGUUCACAGCGCCGUGACCUCUGCCGAGCUCAGCAACACAGCAGCAUCCGACCUCCAUUAUGUGCUACGGCUCGACCAAGAUCCCCUGACCACCUGCUGGCCUGGACGGUACUUGUAUUUGAUGACAACAAACUUCCAGGAAAAGCAGCGGUGGGUGGCGUCUCUUGAGGCUGUUGUCAAAAGUGCACAGUGCAAGAGUGACUUGUACAGAAAUAGAUCUCAGAUGCUGACCGUUUUGUCCCUCAAAGAAGAAGAGCGUCGUGACUUUAACUGUACACUUGUCAUUUCCAGCCAGUUGGUUUUGGCAGGAACAGACGAUGGCUUGUACGCUUUCAACCCAUCGGCCAUGACUUCAAAACGGAAACAGAUGACCCAAAUUUCUGGGUUUGGCAGUGUUCAUCAAAUGAUCUUGGCCAAGGGUGUUGAUCUCAUUGUCAUCUUGACAGGUCCUGAGCGUCGGCUGGUGCUGCUGGAGAACAAAUUGGUGAAAUGUCGCAUGAGUCAGACGCUGGGCGGGGAGACCACUCCAUUCUCUUUCCGCACCAUCGAAGGUCUUCAGUGCUGCACCAUCUUUGACGUGGGCCUGUGGAACAACGCUAGUUACCUGUGUGUGGGAACACCCACCAAGGUGUAUUUGAUGAAGUACAACCCCAGCCUUGCCAUGUACUGUGUCAGGAAGGAGUUUCCCAGUUCUGAGCCGUGCAGCUGUGUAUGUAUAGCGGAGAACUAUGCCAUUGUUGGCACCGAGCGCUUCUACAAGAUCAACCUAGAACACCCCAGUAUGCUCGACUUUGUCGAUCGCCAAGAUCAGUCUUUAGCUUUUGCUGCGUAUGGUGCUGCCAACCACAACAGUUUCCCCCUGUCUGUGGUUCGAGUCUCGCCUGAUGACCUACCACUUGAGUUUCUACUUUGUUUCCAUGAGUUUGGUGUUUUUGUUGACCAUCAUGGUCAGCGAAGCAGAACCUCAGAUGUCAAGUGGGGUGGUCUUCCUCUUGCUUUUGCGUUUAUCGAACCAUUCCUGUAUGUGACUUACUGCAACACAGUGCACGCAACGGUAGUGCCCACAGACAGAACGCAGGCAAAGGGCAGACAGACUGUGAUUGAUGUCCAGUCCCCUCGUUGCCUGGGCCCCGCCCCAAGCUUCGGCUGUGUGUAUAUCAGCAGCAGCAACAACGCGGCCGCCGUGACGGAGAUCAUUAGGAUACGAGGCCAAGAGGGUUUUGUCUCAGAAACCCCGAACGACAAGGAGAACAUGGGCAGCACCCGAUCACUUACAGACAGACAGGUUCAGUUUGCCAGUCCAGCCAAGACUCGAGUGCACCGAUUGAAGCGUCAGGGAUCUCUUUCAUCUCUCAACAGCAACUCCAGCGUCGGCACUCAUGCCAGUAUUGAAUCUGACGUGUGAAACUAGGAUCUGAAGAUUCUCUUACAGCACAGCAUACAGUAGGGUCAGCUAAAACCGAAUGUGGUUAAUCAGGGGGAAACCAUAAGAAUAUAAGAUUUCUGAUUUUUUUCCUUUUUUUUGGAGCUAUCUCUCUAAACCAAAAACCUGGCUAAACGGAAGAUAAUCCAGCAAUCCUGCAGAUUUAGGUUCAUAUGCGGACUCCUCUAUAGUUUGCUGUCAUGUUUUUCUCCUGAGCAAUAAUUUAUUGUUGGCAGCUAGGGUUCAUCUUUUUCUGUGCUGUGUUUGAUUUUGUUACUUUGAAUUUAGAGAAAUGAGGCAUGAGAAGAGCUGUUAAAUUUAAAGAUUUAACUCGCCAAAAAUGUACAUUCUAAUUAACUUUAGAUUUCAUGACUGUGAGAAAAAAUGUCUUAUUCAAAAAAACUUUUAAAACUGUUUGUUAAUAUAAUUUUGUUGCUGAAUGUGUGACAAGAAGGAACAUUCAUUGUUAGUUUUGUGAGGUUGUCAGUUAUUUCUCGUGCCUUGACUCAGAUCUAUUCUUCAUAGUAGCUUUUGAAAUGUGAGUUAACUUUACAGCAGUGUAUAUAAGUAUUGAAAGAUAACUAAUAACAUAUUGUUACCUUGUUGAGAUCGCAUUGAGAUGCAUAAUCCUGUUCUGUCUGCAAUUGUGCACCUGUGGUAUCCAGAAAAUUGUCUUGCAUGCCUAAGACAGUUGGUCUAAUGGUUAAAAACUGAAAC